UUUAGCGCAUAAACUCCCACUGUGGGUAUCACGGGUAAACUGGUAUUCUGUGCCGUGGGGUAGUGUUUUACUUCUCAACCUUGGACCGGAGGUUCUCUGUGUGCCCGUUGCUUCUGCCCUGACGGAUCUGUGCGCAUCUGAUCGAGCUGGAAUAGAGAACUGGGAACAUUUUGGGCCCUUUCUCCUUCGCUGCACCCUGUGUUCCCCUCUCUGCAGCGGUCGCGCUGGCGUCGCGGGGACCGGGCGAAGCGUUCUGUCGGUCGCUGUUAUGACAGGGCGGGAGGACAGCGGUCCAGGCGGAGCCGCGUUUGUUUUGUGUGGCGAAAUGAGGCAAGGGGUGGAGAGUCGCCACAGAGACGCUGGGCUCUGGCCAAACAUCGCCGCAUUUUAGCAUCGCUUCGUCUUCUCCCUGCAUGCGGGGAUUCCGCACUGAGCGUGCGCUGCGUUGCUGAUCGACCGCACAUUCAUACGUUUAAAAAGACAAUCUAUCUUUGCAAGGUGCAUGGUGGAGGAUGCAGCUUGUUUGAGGACACCCCCCACCUCUCUCCGUCUCCUCCACAUAUCCAUCGCUGCCAUGACAGGCAGAGGUCUCCUCUGGAGCUCGGCUCGGUCGCUCGGAGAGCUGGCAGAUUGAUUCGGGACGGUGGGCCUCGUUUCUGCGGAUGUCAUUCUGUCUGUGGAUGCUGUGAACACCAUCCACUCAAACACUGCAAUCGUUGCUCAGGGGGAGGAAAGAUAGGGGGAGAAGGAAAACAUGUCGUCUCGAUCUGCAUUACAGUCUGGAAACGACAGGAGCACAGGAGAUCAUCAUGUGCCGCUUGGUGCCAGCCGCUCAGACAAGGCCACGAGCCAGUCCAGCCGCUCUUUGGGUGCCCGGUGCAGGAAUUCCAUCGCCUCCUGGUCCGAUGAGCAGCCGCACAUCGGCAACUACCGUCUGCUCAAGACCAUCGGCAAGGGAAACUUUGCCAAAGUCAAGCUGGCCCGCCACAUCCUCACAGGCAGAGAGGUUGCAAUAAAAAUCAUUGACAAAACCCAGUUGAACCCAACCAGUCUACAAAAGCUGUUUCGGGAGGUACGAAUAAUGAAAGGCUUAAAUCAUCCUAACAUAGUGAAGCUGUUUGAGGUGAUAGAGACGGAGAAGACCCUUUACCUAAUUAUGGAGUAUGCUAGUGGAGGUGAAGUGUUUGACUACCUUGUGUCACAUGGGAGAAUGAAGGAGGUUGAAGCCAGAGCAAAAUUUCGACAGAUUGUAUCUGCUGUCCACUACUGCCACACCAAGAACAUUGUCCACAGAGAUUUGAAGGCAGAGAACCUUCUGCUGGACGCUGACGCCAACAUCAAGAUUGCUGAUUUCGGCUUCAGCAACGAGUUCACGCUGGGGAACAAGCUGGACACAUUCUGUGGCUCACCGCCCUAUGCUGCACCUGAGCUUUUCCAGGGGAAGAAGUACGACGGCCCUGAGGUUGACGUCUGGAGCCUGGGAGUCAUCCUCUACACGCUGGUCAGCGGCUCGCUGCCGUUUGAUGGCCAGAACCUAAAGGAGCUGAGGGAGCGUGUGCUGAGGGGAAAGUACCGUGUGCCCUUCUACAUGUCAACCGACUGUGAGGGCUUCCUUCGCCGAUUUCUGGUGCUCAACCCAGCCAAGCGCUGCACGCUCGAGCAAGUCAUGAAGGACAAAUGGAUAAAUACAGGGUACGAGGGGGAUGACCUGAAGCCCCAUAUAGAACCUGUGGAGGACUAUAGUGAUCCAGGUCGUAUAGAGGUGAUGGUUGGAAUGGGCUUCACUCCGGAGGAAAUCAAAGACUCUCUGCUCAAUCAGAAAUACAACGAGGUCACCGCCACCUACUUACUGCUGGGCCGGAAAGGCGACGAGAGCAGUGAUGCUCGCACUGCUAGUACGCUGUCUUUGGCGAGGGUCCGACCCAGCCCCAUUACCAACGGGACAAACAAACACUCCUCAGCCACUGGCUCCUCCACCUCCUCCACCUCCUCCUCUCAUAGCAAGUCGCAGCGCAGUGCCUCCACCUACCACAGACAGCGGCGACAUAGCGACUUCUGCGGGCCUUCCAUGCCCGUCAUGCACCCCAAGCGGAGCCCGACCAGCACCGGGGACCGAGAGCUGCGGGAGGGCCGGAUGCCUUCACGUAAAGCCAGCUGCAGCGUAAUGGGGAGCCACAGCCUCCCUCCCUCUAGUCCGAUGGUCAGCAGUGCCAACAACCCCAACAAGUCUGAGAUCCCGGAGCGCCGCAAAGACAUGACAGCCACCACGAAUAACAUCCCUGGAAGCACCAUGACACGCCGGAAUACUUACGUGUGCACAGAUCGUUCAGGUGCUGACAGGCACUCUCUUCUGCAGAAUGGCAAAGAAAACAGUUCUCUGGGCCACCGCAUGCCUACAGCGUCUCCCUCCACGCUCAGCAUGGCUGGAGCUGGGGCAGCUUCCUCCUCUUCCUCAUCCGACCGAUGCCGCCUGACCCGAGGCUCCACAAUCCGCAGCACCUUCCACGGGGGGCAGCUGAGGGAUCGUGGCCCACCAGUCUACGCUGCCCCGCCCACAUCACCCACUCUGUCCCACCAUGAUGCCAGCCCGAUGCCCCACGCACGCACCAGGGCAAGCUCCAACCUCUUUACCAAGCUGACCUCGAAACUCACACGGAGGGUCAACCUUGACCCAUCGAAACGCCAGGGCUCAAACAAAUCAGUCUCGGGUUGUACUCUUCCACAAGGAUCAAAGACAGUUAGGUCACAAAUGAAUCUGAGGGAAUCCGGAGAUUUGCGGUCACAAGUUGCCAUCUACCUGGGUAUCAAAAAGCGUCCGAGCCCCGGGCCGUCGGACGUGGCUGGAAUCUGAGAGGCGGUGGGCGGCGGGACCCUGCGGAGGUGGUAUUGGCUCUGCAGGAGGCAGCGCUCGGAUGUGGUUGCCAGGUCCACCAUUCCGGCCCCUUUCUGCUCUCCUGCACCCAUGGCGUGGCAGGGGGCCGUGUGGCUU